AUGAAUAUUUUCCGAUUCGUCGCAGAUCUUCUGCACUUGGCGAGUAUUUUCAUUUUGCUAUACUCUAUAGAGAAGAACAAGUCUGUCAAUGGGUUGUCCUUGAAGACUCAGCUCUUGUACGUGUUGGUAUUUGUCACACGUUACUUGGAUUUGUUCACGUCAUAUAUUUCGUUAUACAAUACUAUAAUGAAGUUGUUCUUUAUUGGGUCAUCCUGUUACGUUGUUUACCUCAUGUCUGUGAAAUAUGCGAAGUCUAUCAGAGAAAACAUUGAUACUUUUCCCUCGAGAUUCAUCAUUGGAGGAGCAGCGAUCUUAUCCCUCAUAUUCACCCACAAAUAUACCUUCAAAGAGGUACUAUGGUCGUUUUCUCUAUGGUUGGAAGCAGGUGCUAUUAUUCCACAACUUUUUAUGUUACAGAGAACCGGGUCAGCUGAAAACAUCACCACCCAUUACAUCUUCGCCUUGGGACUUUAUCGAGCAUUGUACAUCCCAAAUUGGUUUUAUCGCUUCUUCACUGAAGCCCAUUUCGACUACAUUGCUUUUCUUGCCGGCUUAGUACAAACAAUUGUCUACUCGGAUUUCUUUUACAUUUACUACACCAAAGUCAUGCAAGGAAAAAGCUUCGAAUUGCCGGUAUAG